AGCGAGAACUGGGUGGUCACCGCUGCCCACUGCGGUGUCAGGACCACCGACACCGUGGUGGUGGGCGCGUACGACCAGACCUCGCCCACCCCUGACGAGCAGAGGCUGACCAUCGAGAAGGUCUUCAAGAACCCCAGGUUCAACAUGCUGACCAUCCGCGAUGACAUCACCCUGCUCAAACUGGCCACUCCGGCGCGGCUGUCGGCCCGCGUGUCCCCCGUCUGCCUGCCCCAGCCCACCGACGACUUCCCGGGGGGCAUGACCUGCGUCACCACCGGCUGGGGGCUCACUGACCCCAACGCCCCUGCGCUCACCCGCUGCCCGCAGGGCGACUCCGGGGGCCCGCUGGUGUGCCAGAAGGACGGCGCCUGGACCCUGGUGGGCAUCGUCUCCUGGGGCAGCAGCACCUGCGACCCCAACGUGCCCGGCGUCUACGCCCGCGUCACCAUGCUCCGCAACUGGAUCAACUCCAUCCUGGCGGCCAACUGAGGCCGGCAAUAAACGCUGCCACCCCCAC